AUGAGUGAGGAACAAGUUCAAGAAUUCAAAUUGAAAGAAAAUUGUGAGCUGAGGUUUGCGGCUGGUGAAGAUUCUGAUGUUUGCUUGGAGCUUGUAAAUGGAUAUGCGGAAAUUUUCGGCACGCAACUGAUACUGAACAAAAAAUACAUCUUCCCAGCCAAGUCACGUGUGGCAGUUUUCACAUUCACAAGUGCUACAGUAGAAUUGGUUGGUGCUACUGAAAGUGCAUACGUGGCAGAGACUACUCCGAUGAUUAUCUAUUUGAAUAUACACGCUGCUAUGGAAGAAGUUCGAAAGAAACGAGAAGAGCAGGCAUUUAAUACUUCAAAUAAACCAAAAGGUCCCAGGUUGUUGUUAGUUGGACCAACGGAUGUUGGAAAAAGUACAGUUUCACGUAUACUGUGCAAUUACUCUGUUCGUCAAGGACGUAGUCCGAUUUUCGUUGAACUUGAUGUUGGUCAAAAUAAUAUAUCAGUACCAGGAACGGUUGCAGCUGUUUUGGUACAGAAAACCGCUGACGUUGUGGACAGUUUCGAAAGAAAUUCUCCGUUAGUUUAUAAUUUUGGCCACACAUCACCGUCUAAAAAUUUGUCUCUCUACGAAGCACUUUUUAAGCAAUUGGCAUCAACUAUUAAUUCUCAGAUCCAAGAGAACGAUGAAGCGAAGAUCGGUGGAAUGAUAAUUAAUACUUGUGGAUGGGUUGAUGGAGAAGGUUAUAAGUGCAUCGUGAAAGCAGCAUCGGCUUUUGAAGUGGAUGUCGUAAUCGUUCUUGAUCAUGAGAGGCUUUACAGCGAUUUGAGUAAAGAAUUGCCUGAAUUUGUUCGAUUGACACACGUUCCGAAAUCUGGAGGAGUUGAACAGAGAACAACCCAAAUUCGGGCGAAGAUGAGAGGAGAAAACGUCCACCGAUAUUUCUAUGGAACUCGUUCUAACAAUCUCUACCCAUUCACUUUUGACGUCCCAUUUGAUGACGUCACACUGUGCAAAGUUGGUGCCGAGCAGCUUCCCGAUUCGUGUUUGCCUUUUGGUAUGGAAGUAGAGAAUCAUGAGACAAAAGUGGUUGUUAUGGAGCCAUCAGUUGACAUCAAGCAUCAUCUGUUCGCUUUCUCGCGUAGUCAGAAACCCGAUGAAACAGUACUCAAAGAAGCGGUUCAUGGAUUCUGUCUUGUUACCGAGGUCGACAUGGAAAAGCGAACGAUGACUCUUUUGUGUCCCCAGAAUACGAUCCCGUCGAAGACGCUCGUCUACUCGGAAGUUACUCAUCUCGAUGAUCAAAUCAAGCGUUAA